UUUUCCCAUUUGCCAUCGAGACGAUUUGACAAUUAUCUAAACAACAGCGGGAAAUGGAAGCGAACGAAAGUAUAAACACAAGGUCUCUCGAAGAUAUUGCGUCUGUGUUAGACUUUGCCAAAUUAGACAGAAGUGAGAUCAAGUCUGAAACCCAGAGUGUCUACUUCUCAGAACAUUUGGAUAGUGAGAGCUUUCGUCUGCUUGAACUGGACAAAGCUGUGUUGGAAGCUAUUGAGAAUGGUGAAAAAGUGGUGUUGCGAGGCGACAAGGAGGACUGUGCAGUGUUGUGUACAGACUCACAGACAUUCGAGGUCAAGCAGGGAGAGAUCUCCAACGCCAUGCUCAUCCUACCAAACAUUCAUUUCGGGCCGGAACUCUCAACUAAUGAUGAACCUUCUGUGCGGUAUAACGAGGUGAAUUCUGUGAUGCACUCAUUCUUCGAGCUACGUCCAGUAAAGCCUCGCCUUGCGAAACUACGACAGCUGCUAGAGAAAAACCCAUACAGUGGUCAGGCUGAGGAGGGGGAUGAUGACCACCAGGGCAAAAAGUUCACAUUCAACGAGCUCCUCGACCUUGUUCAAGGCAGUGAAAAUGAGAUCAAUACUGCACUUCACAAGAUGCAGGCUCUAAUUAUUGAUGGUUACUGGCGAGUUCUGGACUUUGACUUUCUGGUACAGGUGAUGGGACACCUUCUACAGCUGUGUGACGAGAAUGACUGGACUCACUCUGGCGUUCCCAUAGAAGAGUGUCUCAAUGUCUUACAAGAGCUAUAUCCCAGGAGUGUAGUGGAGCAUGUUAUCCACAACUUCUGUGACAAGGCAGUGCCAACUGUCUCUGGGGACGAUGAUGAAGAAAACAGGAUGCAGAUAGACAUUGACUACCACAAACUAAAUGAAGACAAAGUGUGUAGGUUCUUUGCAGAACAAAUUCUUAAACAUGCAAGAAAGUUCAAUCUGAGUCAUUUUCUAUCAACUUGGGAGAAGAGUGUUCCAGAAGGAAUGAAGACAAGUCUUUACCAGUUAGAGGGUCUGGCGUUGAUAGACCGUGACAGUACUCCAGAGGUGAUAUCCUACAUGACAGUGGACACUCUACCUGAAGAUAUGGAUGAAAGGUUUAAUUUUCUGUUCAGGAUGAAAGAAAAGUGGAGCUUGGCUGAUAUUACACCGUACAUAAAAGAUUUAGAGACAGACAAGAUGGACGUGACUGCCAUGUUGACAAAGGUCGCCCGGGCGUCCAUGUCGAAGGGAAUCAAGGUGUACAACUCCAGAAAACCGCUUACCUGACAUCAGAAAGGACACAUUAGUUGUGAUGUUUAUUUAUGUAGCAUGCCAAGCACUGGAGGACCAACCACUCUAUCAGUUGUGGUUGUGUUUUGUGAUCUGCAGCCAGUUUUUCUAACUGAUUAGGCAGCACUGCCAUAGAAUUUGGAAUUGCACAGAUCAUGUCAUAGUGUUGUAUUUUAUUACCAAUAUCUAAAAAGACUUGCAUAUGCUUUAACUAUUGGAAAUAGAUCUGAUCAAAAUCAUGGAAAAAUGAAUAAACAUGGAAAUAUGAAAACAUGGAAAUAUAAAUAUGUAGUACACAUAACAACGAUAUGUGUGAGAAAAAAUGAACAGCAUGGGUUGUGUCCUAAAUCAUGUUAUUUACACCGAAAUUCUGAUCCUGGUGUUCGCAUUUGUGUGAACAAGUUUAAUAUAAACUUCAUCAGAAUUUUACACAAUUUUGCCAAUCAAUAAUCCUUGUUUUCAUUUUUUUUUUUAUAUAUAUCUAAUCAAUAAGUACAAGUCAUGACAUUACUCAGUAGUAGGUUCAUGUAUUUCAUAUGUAAGAUACAUAAAGAAGCGUGAAACAUGUACAUUCGUCAUUUGAGUAAAAUUUUUGUAAUUAUCUAUAUUUAUGAAUAAAAUGUA